AUGUGGAAGCUCACCGCUCUCUAUGAUGCACUAGCAGAGCCUGAGCAGUUCUCGAUAGAGUUCAAGGCUGGUCUCCCCGUAAUUAUUGUCAUCGCUAACCAAGCUCCUCUCACCCCUGAGCGCGAGUUCGUCACUAGUGACAUUCCCGCGAGCCAGCGCACCGUCAAUGGAACAGUGCAUUUGAAGCUCUGCAAGGGUAAUGUUGUUGUUAUCGGCCGGUCCCCUGAUGAGGUAACGAAUUUGAUCCACUGCCUCCUUUGUUCUUCAUUCGCUUGCCAGGGUCUGGAUGACGAGCACCAAUCCUCCAUGGACCAGCUCGGCGGUUUUGAGCCAACAGGUUUCAUUCAAAUCGAAAGUAUCCGUAUUGAAAAGCGGGGCCAGGUGAUGCUCGCAAGGGUCAAGCUGGCGUUGAGCCAAAUGUAAAGCUCAAUACUUCAACAUUUCUCGAACAG